ACUCUUGUCCAGUCCGGUCCGCUCUGCGCAUGCUCCUCCUGGAGUUAGGGUGGGAGAGUUAGCCGUUAGCCCGCUGAGCUAACAGCCGGAGACUAUAAUGGCGGCCUCGGUGUUGUUAGGGUCUGCGGACAACACCGGACUCAACUUCACCGUCGGUAGCGGCAGCGGAAAUAUUUUAGUUAGGACAAAUAACGGACUGGGGCCGGCAGGUCCGGCACCCUGGAACCGUUCUCUGGACCGGGCGCUGGAUGAAGCCUCGGCAACCGGGUGUCUAAACCUCAGCGGCAGGAAGCUGAAGGAGUUUCCACGGAGCGCCGCUAACCACGACCUGACGGACACCACCAGGGCCGAUCUGUCUCGGAACCGUUUGUCGGAUCUUCCUCUGGAGGUCUGUCUUUUUGUGUCUCUGGAGAGUCUGAACCUUUACCAAAACUGUCUGAGGUCUCUGCCAGAUAGUCUGAUCAACUUACAGGCCCUCACCUACCUGAACCUCAGUCGAAAUCAGCUGUCUGUCCUCCCUGCGGUCGUCUGCAGCCUUCCUUUAAAGGUUCUGAUUGCCUGCAACAACAAACUGGUAUCUCUGCCAGAAGAGCUGGGUCAACUGAGACACCUCACAGAACUGGAUGUGAGCUGUAAUGAGAUCCAGACUUUACCUUCCCAGAUGGGUCAAUUAGACGCUUUACGAGACCUUAACAUCAGGAGGAACCACCUGGUCAGACUGCCCUCAGAGCUGGCUGAGCUGCCUUUGGUGCAUCUGGAUUUCUCCUGUAACAAAGUGACCUUCAUUCCCGUCUGUUACCGACGACUCACGCAGCUACAGAACAUUGUCCUGGACAACAAUCCUCUUCAGACCCCACCUGCACAGAUCUGUAUUAAAGGGAAAAUCCACAUAUUUAAGUACCUGAACCUGGAAGCCAAUAAGACAACUCCAGACCUUCCUGAAUAUGACAGACGGCCUCUGAACUUCAGUUCCUGUGUUGAUGAGCUAUACCCUGGGCGUCCCUAUGGAGCACUGGAUUCUGGCUUCAAUAGUGUUGACAGCGGAGACAAGAGAUGGUCGGGGAACGAGCCUGUAGAGGAGUUGUCAGAGCUGCCACAGAGGGUGGCUGAGCUCAGCAGGGACCAGAGACAAAGACGAGAGGAGGGACGAGGAGGAGGAUUGUCGCUGGCUAAUGGGACAUAUGGGGAGCUGGAGCAGAUAGACUUUAUCGACAGCUGUGUGGGAGAGGAGGAGGAGGAGGAAGGGAGGAGUCGAGGUGGUGGAGGAGGAAGGGACAGCACCAGCCUAAGCUCUCAGUUCAUGGCCUACAUUGAGAGGCGCAUCACCAGAGAGGGCUCUCCUGUGAAAACCAGCUCAUCCAGGACAGAAGAUACAAAAAGACAUAACAGAAGUGUGAUCGACGGUGUCAUUGCUGCCCCUGCCUCACAGAAUCAGAGAGGUGGAGGUGUUGGAGGUCCAGGUGGAGUAGAAAAAAUGAGGAGGGAGGCCCAGCUCGCUGCCCUGAAGUAUGAUGAGGAGCGACAGAAGAACCGUUCUCUGCAGAGAGACGUUAGCUACACCAAGCAUAAAACAUCUCCGAGUCCAACAAAGUCCAGUCCUGACAGAGAGACCAUCUACCCUUUCAGACGUUCCACCCACACAGAUGACUCCGCCCUGUUCAUGUUGGUUCUGGUGUUUGAAACAGACUUCAACACCAACACUAUUAAGAGACGACCUGGUUCACACAGACAGUCUGUGGACGGCUGUUGCUCUUAUGCUUCUGACACGACCUGUCUGCUACAGCAGGGAGAGGACAGAGCAGCUCUGUCUCCUACAGCCAAUCCGUCGCCUUCGUACCCGACCUCAGCAUCGUCCUGUCGGACAGCCAGCCAGCGACCAGAGAGCUUCCUGUUCCGCCUCGGCCAGAGAGAGGAGAAGAGGAAAGAUGCUGCUGCUCCUCAGAACAAAGAGGAAGCUCCUGCUCCUGCUGCUGCUGCUGCUGCUGCUGCUCCUCCUCUGGUUGGAGAAGAUGCUGAGCUGGUGGAACAGCUGAGAAAGAACAUUGAGUCUCGUCUCAAAGUGAACUUACCCAGUGAUCUCGGAGCCGCUCUGACUGAUGGUGUGGUCCUCUGUCACCUGGCCAAUCAUGUGAGACCACGUUCCGUCCCCAGCAUCCACGUCCCGUCUCCAGCUGUGCCCAAACUCACCAUGGCCAAAUGUAGACGAAACGUUGAAAAUUUCUUGGAGGCCUGUCGCAGAAUUGGAGUCUCACAGGAUAGUCUUUGCUCAGUUGGGGAGGUCCUGGAGGGGAUGGGGACUGGAGUGUACAGGACUGUUGGUGCACUGCUCUCCAUGACUCCGUCCCCCAUCAUCCCCUCCCCUCGGCUUCAGCUGGCCGGCUUCGCCCUCUUCUAUCUCUCUGUCAUGUCGCUGUUGUGCGCCAUAUACAUACGGCUGGCACAGCAUGUCUGAACAGAACCCUGGCACAAAUGGUUGGUGCUGAGAAAACAGCUGAAAAUGUCUCUGUAGACCAAAAUAACAUUUACAGCACAGUGCUAUACAAAGGCUUAGUCUGGAGGCACCAGCUGGAAAAGAAAGUGUACACAUCUGUCCUUCUGUAGCCACUUCUCAUUUCUCUCCCAGUAUCCAAAGAUCUUCCUUAAGCACCAUUCCUUACAGAUGUCCAGGUUAUUUCCUAGACAUCCAGCCACGAAAGCCUCUGUUAGCUGCUUAUGUCCAGGUCCAUGCAUAUGAUGACAGGGUGAAUAUAGUCCAUCAUCUGUCUUUUUUUCACUAUAGUAAGGUAUCCUUCAGCUCCUUCUGGUGUAAUCCAAAGUCUGACUGGAUGAUGUAACCUUUGUGUUCAGCGUCUGCCCUGGAAUUUCAUUCCAAUCGAACAAAAGCCAAGAGGCUUCUAAAACAUAAUGAACAACAUGUUUGUAAACCAUGUUCUUGACCUUUGAUUCGUCCUGUAAAUCAGCAGGUCGGGUUUUGAGUUGUAUUGAUUAAUGCUUUUUCCAGACUUUGAUGCUGUGAUUAAAAAUUAAGACAUAAUUUUCUUGUGCCAAAACCAGAAGAACGGCUGCAGAGGUGUCUGGGUCUUAGUUUUGCCAGUAUCCAGCUGUUGGGUAGUUGGCCAGAUUUAUAGCAGUGAAUGAUCCAUCUGCUUGAUCCAUGUCACUGGGUUAAGGUCCACCUUUUUUGCUCCAUCCUCAACAGACCAUGUUGCUGUCAAAGAAUCAAUUUGGGGUCUGUUAAAAUUUAAAUAUUAUCCGUUUUCCUGUUGAGUCUAAUGACCAGCAUUUAGUGUUUCUUUGUUUUGUACUGAUUAUUGAAAAAUGACACCAGUUGAAACUUUAGCUUAUAAAACUCUAGCUUUUGGACCUAACCUGGAUAAACCUGGAUUCCAGAACCCGAACUCGGGUAAUGACAUGAAUUUAGACUAAGCAUUUCAAAUCCUUGAACCUUCUACUUAUUUCUUUUUUCUGAAUUGAAUUCUUCAUCUUUCUGACAAUCAGGAAGAAAGGGACAUUUAUCAUUUGGCUUUGACAAGAGAAUGUUUUAGAGCUGGGACCUGUUACUUUUUACGAGGGGGGGAGUUUCUGAACUUGAAAUGUGUUUUGUAUUUAUCGGAGACUUUUUGGCCUCGACCCGAAUAUUCAUGGAUGAGAAGCUAAAACAGUGAUGUUGUAUCAAACUUGCCAUAUGCCUGCCGUGUUGCUGAGCGUCUGAGACUUCUUUAAGCACUGCUUCAGACAUUACCUCAGGCAACGUUAGGGCAUCAGCCCCCUCAGUCAGUUUACCCUGAUGCCUGUUUCCUGGAUGUUCGAGCCUUGUCCCCUGUGCCUUAUGUCUGACUGCUUGGUGUCACUUUAUGGUUAGAAGAGCCUGAACCACUCGAUCACAGCCCCAAGGAGGAGAUAGGCCUGAUACUCUGAACAUGUUAGUACUUUGUCUUCCGCUCACUGUUUGAUGAUGUGUCUCUAUUUUGUCUCUCUAUUUGAUGAAAAACUGCAGAAAUGUACGUGUGGGGAUGCUUUAGUGGUGCUUUAGGGUCUCCUCUUUCCACUGAAGUCACUUAUUUAAUCACUACGGGACAUUUCUGCUUUUUUCCCCACUGUUUAGAUUGAAUCUCUUUAGAGACACGUUGCUGCUGAGAAUUGGUUAAAACGUGUCCUAGCAUUGAUUCAGGUUCUCUUUGUUACCUCUUUGUUCGGAGUUAAACUUCUCUCGCACAGCACAAUAAGGGUAGUUUAGAUCUACAGUCUUACCUGCUGUCUUACUCCUUGUCUGUCCAGUUUCCUUCAUGCUGAACAAAGGCCUCAAUCAGGUGUGAUUUGUGGUCCUGCAUUCAUUAAACAACCCCAAUGUUUGGUUUCAGGAAAUGUCGCUUUUUUAUAAGCAAUGAAGACUUGAGAGUGUUUGUGGGACUCUGUCCUGAUGUUGGAGAAAUAAAUAAGUGAAGCAUUGUGA